AUGUUUAGCCGCCUCUUUGGGAGGGGCGAUAAACAGGCGAAGCCGCGCGAGAGUGGGCGGCCCGGCGGCGCCGGUUCUGUUUCGCACAGUCUAGAGAAACUGGACUCCGCCGUUGAGUUGCUGGAGAAGCGGGAGGCCGUGUUGGAGAAGAAGAUGGAGGCAGAGCUCGAGCGGGCAAAGCAGUACCACGCAAAGAAGAAUACACAGGCGGCACUGCAGUGCAUGAAGCGUAAAAAGUUGUAUGAAGAACAGCUGAUGAACAUUGGCGCACAGAAGCAGAAUCUCGAAACGCUGAAGUUCACUCUACAGAAUCAGAAUAUGAACAAUGAGGUGUUGGAAGCACAACAACGCGCUAAGGAGGAGCUCAAACAGAGCAAUAAGAGAAUGAACGCCGAUCGUGUAGAGGAGAAUAUGGAAGAACUACUGGAAGAAAUGGAUAAAGCCAACGCAGUCGCAGAGGCACUUCGGCAACCACUCGACAACCAAGUGCUUGAUGAGGAUGAUCUCAUGGGUGAACUUAUGGCAGAAUUGGAGGAAACAGAAGUGCAUGAGACUGUCGCACUGCCCAGCAUGCCGACCGUACCAACUAACGCUUUACCUCAGAAGAAAGAGAAAGAGAAGGAGGAAGAAGUGGACGAUGAUGAAGAGGCUCUGCGGGCACUCGAGGCUGAACUUCAAUCAUAA